AUGUUCUGCCUUGCAGCAAUUCCGGUCAAGUGGGCCAUUUGCUUCACUCUGCUCCGUAUUGCAGACAAGCGCCGAGCAUACAUGUGGUCUAUCUACGCAAUCAUGGCUGCUGUGUUCCUUGUCAUGGCUUCAACGACUGUCUACGAGUUCUUCCACUGUACCCCUAUACAGAUGAACUGGAAAAAGGUCCCUGGUGGUUCUUGCAAACCACAGAGCAACAUCACGGGAUUCAGUUUUGCACUCUCAGCGGUCUCGAUUUUCUCAGAUUGGUUCUGUGCCCUGUGUCCCAUUCCACUGCUAUGGAACGUGCAGAUCGAUAUUCGGGUCAAGAUCUCAAUCAUCGCACUUCUCGGUCUCGGUGUCUUCGCUUCUACAGCAGCCAUCGUUCGGCUCACGGUCACACUGAAUCUCAGUGCAACAACAGACUUCCUUUACCACGCCAUGCCAGUCGCAGCUUGGGCACAUGCCGAGCUUGGCCUCGGUGUGGUUCUAGCAAACCUCCCCGCCUUGCGCCCACUUCUUGAAAAAGUGUUCAGUCUCCGAUCCACUCUGCGCGGUAGCGGAAAGCGCGUUACCGACCCGAGUGGUGAGGAGGCCUACCAUGAGCUUCAAGAUGGCAUUAGCAGCAAGAAGAGUGGCUCCAAGAAAGGAACUCUCGGUUCGGAAAAGGGUAAUGAGACCAGGAUAUACGGCGGCGACCUGGCGGACAGCAACUCAACUUUAGGAGAUGACAGAUCUACAAAACGAAUCGUGCGCGAGGAAGCCACACAAGAGUCGACUGGUGGUAUCCAUGUGGAUCAUCGAAUUACCAUAGACCAUCAUGAGAGAAGGCAGCACUAG